AUGAGGAAAUGUGACAUUUACCUGGAGAAAGCCCUUGGUCUGCUGAAGUCAGCGCUGACAGAUUACUUGCAAAAGAAAAAUGCCCGUCUGCAUUAUAUAUUUUUUCAGACCACCUUGGAGAGGCAUUGGAACUGCCAGUAUAAGCCCCUGACCACCCCUGAUGCUCUCCCGCGACACUCAUCUACCACUUGGCCUCUGUCUGAUGUGUUACUGGACUGUGUCAAAGACGAGUCUGUCAGAGUUUUCCUUAGGACCCAGGCCUGUUCAAUGUUGUCAUCGCUUCUGAAACCAGAUAUGCAAGUUCAAGUUGGAGAGGAAGAGUGGAUCAAAUUUACCAAAAAGUUUACUGCUUCACUUACCCCAAUCUUACUCCGUCUAAAGAAGGAAGAUUUCAAACCGAAGCACACUCAUGAAAUGACGGUUUUGCUGCUCAGAUUUCUGAUGGCAGACAAGAUUCAGGGCAAGAAAUUGGUGGAAAAUGUGAAAGACAACCUGAAAUCAUUAAGCAGUGCCAUGAACAGUGACUGUAAGAAGGUGUGGAAAAAAAUCCUAGCACAAGCAUAUCCCAACACAAAGUUGGCACAGAGGAAGAAAAAAAAAGGAAAGAAGAGGAAGAUACAUAGCCAUGAGGUGGUUGGAAAGAUGGAGAUAGGUAGUCCGGCAAAGACACAAAAGUUGGCCCAUGAGAAAAUCACUGAGCCGCCUCCAUCGCCAAGCAAACACAAAAAGGGAACCAAUUCCUCAGGAAGCGGUGAGCAAACUGCUUCACCACAGAAAAUGGGAACUAAGUCUUCAAAUAACAACGAUGAAAAUGGAGAUUUGUUGAGCGACUCCACAGUUACCUCUUCUUUGAGUGAAGCUUCAGGGGACGUAACUCCCCAAAAAAAGUCAAAGCUCGAAUCAGGGGAUGAUAUCAUAGCGGUCUCAGAAGAUAGUGUCUUAUCGUCGCCUUCUACAAAACGGAAAUGUAAAACCCCACGUAAAUCUAUGGUCUCUUGAUGAAGUAAACAGAGAGAAUCAGUGAUUAUGCCUAAAUCUUGGUUCAUUAUUGUUGAUAUACUGUCUGGAUGAGUAAGAUAUUGGAAGAAAAU